GCCAAUGGCGCUGCCCGUGCGGCUCCACUUCUCUCUCUGCAGCUAACUUCAGCAGAGUUAGCUCGGGCAGCUAAACAGUGACGUGUAUUUACAAAGAGCACCAAUAUUAAUGCAUGAUGCUGUUCUGAAGUUGAAGUUUUUAGUAAUCCGGUGCAUUAUGUGAUUGCUUAUCCAAUUUUUACUUUGAAAUUUCCUUGAAUUGUGUCCUGGGAGCAAUAAUGUCCGUCCUUGUUGUUGGAGGAGAUGGACGGGCUAGCUCGACUGUGGUGCGCCUCUUCUUUCUUCUCGCUGUGUCGCUGCUUUUGGUCGGAGUCGCUGCUGUCCCCGAAGAGAACAAACCGGUUCAAGAACAACCACUACAAGAGAAAGGCCCAACUACUCGCCCCAUAGGCCCAGUAAGCCCUGAGGAUGACACAAAGAAAGGGAACCUGGGCUUCAUCCAUGCCUUUGUGGCUUCCCUCUCUGUCAUCAUCGUCUCAGAGUUGGGAGAUAAGACAUUUUUCAUUGCGGCCAUCAUGGCCAUGCGUUAUAACCGCCUGACUGUGCUCACAGGGGCGAUGCUGGCCCUGGCUAUUAUGACUUGUCUCUCUGUGCUUUUUGGCUAUGCCACCACCAUCAUACCUCGAAUCUAUACCUAUUAUGUGUCCACGGCUUUGUUUGCCAUCUUUGGUAUCCGGAUGCUGCGAGAGGGACUCAAGAUGAGUCCAGACGAGGGUCAGGAGGAGCUAGAGGAGGUGCAGGCAGAGAUCAAGAAGAAGGAUGAGGAGCUGCAGCGUUCAAAACUUGUGAACGGGGCCCCAGACAUUGAGGCUGGAGCUGGAGCCCCACUGCCUCAGAAGAAGUGGCACAGCUUUAUCUCCCCCAUCUUCAUCCAGGCCUUCACCCUCACCUUCCUGGCUGAGUGGGGAGAUCGCUCCCAGCUGACCACUAUCAUUCUUGCUGCCCGGGAGGACCCUUUUGGCGUGGCUGUUGGUGGCACAUUUGGUCACUGUUUGUGCACUGGGCUGGCCGUAAUCGGAGGGAGAAUGAUUGCUCAGAAAAUCUCAGUUCGAACAGUUACUAUCAUUGGAGGAAUCGUCUUUUUGGCCUUUGCCCUUUCAGCUCUUUUUAUCAAGCCGGACACUGGACUUUGAGUGGAUCAAAAUUAUUCAGGUUUACUCUGUACAUAAAUGUAAAAUGUGAGUACAUUGCUGUGUUGUUUUAAUCCUGCUUUACAAAUGCCCGACAGAUCAGGAGCCAAUGUCUGUAACUCAGUGGAAUCUACCAUAGAGGGACCUUUGCAUUUAUAUAAGUGUUUCUUAUUUUUGGGAGGGAUUAGGACUUUCUCAGAGUAAUGGCUGGAUUAUUGCUCAAAAUACCUCAACGGUGACCACCCACCUCUUAAUAAAAUGCAGUGUAAAUCAAUUCAAUAGAUUGCAUUUGGGCUGUAAAUUGUAAUUCUGCUAAGGGUUAACCACUGGCCAUAACCGUUUUAUUUCAUGAUUGAUGAAAACUGAAAUAUGAGUUCAGUUUCAAGGGGUUGUACACCUUUUAUAUGUUUCAUGUCUAUAAGUCCAUACUGUAAUUAUGGAUGGGUGGUAACCGUUGAUCCCUAAUGUAAUUUCAACUGUGUGACCGAUCUGUUCAUGUUUUAAAGCUGUGGUCCAUGUCCACAGUUAAACUCUUUGUAUCAGCCUUUCUUUGCCUUUUUGAUUUUAAUUCAAAUUUAAAUUAAGUUGCGUCCGGGGACAGUAGACUAUUUUAAAUACACAUUUUAGCUGCAGUCCUGAAACCAAUUCUUUACAUUUUUUUCAUUUUAAUUUGUGUUGUUCAGUUACAGUAUUAUGUUGCAACUCCCCUCUCCAGACACCAAGGGGAGCCACAUCCUAUGUUUAACCAAUUAGUGUGGAACUAUCUACAUAAUCUACAUAGAAUUUGAAAUUGCAAAUGACCUCCACUGUCUCUGCUCAAGCCCAGAAAUCACUACUUGUAUGGAUGCAGUCUAUUGAUUGCAUACUAUAGCUGUAGUUUUCUUUUUGUUUUUCUUUUAUAAAAAUGGGAUAAAUUAAACUUUCCAAACCAAAUCAAUAUUUGAAUAAUUUAAAUUUUCUUUUUUCAUUAAAAUUGAAUCUUAUAAUAAAGUAAAGUUAUUUUCUACAUAAUAAUUAAAAUGGGACGUCACUCCCUUUGGUCUCCCAGCAGCAAUGUGCCCACCUGUAUUUAAGAUUUAAGUUUUAUUUAUUUACCCUUCCUUCUGGGGAAAAGUUCUGUAAACAGACGGGGAGUGGUCAUUGUAACAACUGAAAUAUUUUUUUAAGGAUCAGUCUAUGGCCGCGUUGUCAAUAUUUGACAGUCUGCGCCCACUGUGUAGUAGUAAUUCAGAAUCACUUAUUGUAAUACUAGUUGGGUGAAAUCCAAAUCAAUAAAACCUUUUGAAAUCA